AUGUUGAGAAGUGAGAAAACUCUGACCUGUGCACCUUGCAAUAACAAUGUAGGGUUCCUGCAAAGGACCAACAGCCUGGAAGACAAGGGCCGGAUUGUCAGCUCCCUGAAGGAAAGGCAGUCUUCCAAGAGCCUGCUGGUGUCUGAGAAUAGCGAGAAGGAAUCCAGGUUCCGCCGCACUGAGACGGACUUCUCCAAUUUGUAUGCCAGAGAUUUGCUGCCCGCCAAGAAUGGCGAGGACCAAACUGUGCAGUUCCUGCUGGAGGUUGUGGACAUUCUUCUCAACUACGUGAGGAAGACAUUUGACAGAUCCACCAAAGUGUUGGACUUUCACCACCCACAUCAGCUCCUGGAGGGUAUGGAGGGCUUCAACCUGGAACUGUCGGAUAACCCCGAAUCCCUGGAGCAGAUCCUGGUGGACUGCCGGGACACACUGAAGUAUGGAGUGAGGACAG